CCGGGCGGUGAACAGUUAAUUGUUGCCCAUUCCUCCCCCCUCCCGUCCAUGCGCCCCGCCCCCUCCCGUGUGCGCUCAGUGUGUUGUGCCGGGCGGGGCGAGGGUUACCUCCUGGCCGGUGCCCGGGUAUAUAUGGCGCAGCCGGGGCACAACAUGCAGUGGACGGGCCGGCUGCUGAUCAGGAGACACCCCGAAGAGGCGGAGGACAGCACCGUGUGUGAGCGCUAGCAGUGCCCCCUGUCCCGGGACGAGACUCUGCAAGUUGUGUUGUGAGCGCUGGGACAUGGGCAGGAGGAGAGCCCCCCCGCAGCCGCCAGUAACGCCGCCCGCCCGCCCGGGAAGUGACCGCAGACAGCGCCCGUCCUCAGCAGCCCGCCCGGAGCCGCGGUACCGGAGACUCCCGCAGUAUGAACAUCGUCCUGGAGUUGUUCGUGGUGACUUUUAAGGUCCUGUGGGCCUUCGUGCUGGCGGCGGCCAAGUGGCUGGUUCGCCCCAAGGAGAAGAGCGUGGCCGGGCAGGUGUGCCUCAUCACCGGGGCCGGCAGCGGGCUGGGCCGCCUCUUCGCCCUGGAGUUCGCCCGGCGCCGCGCGCAGCUCGUGCUCUGGGACAUAAACACUCAAAGCAACGAGGAGACGGCGGGGAUGGUGCGGCAGAUCUACCGGGAGCUGGAGGCGGGGGACGCGCUGCGGGGUGAGUGAACCCCCGUGGAGGAAGAGGUGCUACCAUGCCCCAAUCUCCAGGUUACCUUCACGUGUGACGUAAGCAAGCGAGAGUGUGUCUACUACUCCACCGCUGAGAAAGUCCGCCGGGAGGUCGGAGAAGUCUAUCUUCUGCUCAAUAAUGCUGGUGUUGUCUCGGGGCACGCACUCCUCGAGUGCCCAGAUGAACUGAUUGAAAGGACUAUGAUGGUUAAUUGCCAUGCACACUUCUGGACCACAAAGGCAUUCCUUCCCAAAAUGAUGGAAAUGAAUCACGGCCAUGUUACAGUUGCCAGUUCUCUAGGUUUGUUCAGCACAGCAGGGGUAGAGGAUUAUUGUGCUAGCAAGUUUGGUGCUGUGGGUUUCCAUGAGUCUCUCAGCCACGAACUGAAGGCUGCAGACAAAGAUGGGAUUAAAGCUACGCUGGUCUGUCCCUAUCUGGUGGACACGGGCAUGUUCCGGGGGUGCAGAAUCAGAAAAGAAAUUGAGCCCUUCCUCCCGCCCUUGAAACCAGAUUACUGUGUGAAGCAGGCCAUGAGAGCCAUUCUAACAGACCAGCCGAUGAUCUGUACGCCGCGACUCAUGUACAUCGUCACCUGCAUGAAAAGCAUCUUGCCGUUUGAAGCUGUGGUCUGUAUGUACCGGUUCCUGGGAGCAGACAAGUGCAUGUACCCCUUUAUUGCUCAACGGAAACAAGCCACAAAUAACAAUGAAGCUAAAAAUGGAAUUUAAAUUUUAUUUUUAUCAUUUAGUUCAACUCUUUCUUGUGUUAAGACUGACCUUCUUGUUGAACACAUUGGAAGACUGAAUUGGGAAAGGCACUUGUGCGUUUUUUUUUUUUUUUUUUGUUCCCCUUUACUUUUAUUUCCUCUCGCGCCCCCCCAAAGCCACUAUAGCACGUGGUGGACUUGUCAUACAUUGCUCCUCCAAUCUGGUUUUACACACUGUAAAUGUGACAAACUAAAGACUUAUGCAAGGCUUGACUGUAGCAAUAAGUGUUUCUGUAGAGCUGCUGUGCAUCAGCACGCCGAGGCGAACCCGUUUCCUAAAAUACAAUGUUACUGUCCUAUAGUAGCGAGGAAGGCAAAGCUUCAAACCACAUGUGUAAGCUGUUCAAAUGCAGAAGAGAAGCAAAAAUGUGUGCUUAUAACAUUUGGUGUAUCUGCACACAGCCAAGGCGCCAAUGGCUAACGAUUACGGUAUGCAGCCACUUCACACAACCGUUCAUGCGUUUGUUCACAUCUUGGCAUAGAGAAAUGUGUUGCCACAGUAAAAAAAUAUAAUAAUAAUAUACCAACCUGAAGGAGGCCAUAAGGACAAUCUGGGCCUCAGUUGGGUGAAUGGAGCCCUAUGGGUACAUUUGUGACCUU